AUGUCCGUACCGCUGGAGUGCGCCAGCGAGGAGUCAGAUGCAGCGGCAGCGGUGCCCCCACAGUACUCCCCAGCGAUACCCAGGACGCUGUUACGAAUUUACUACCUCCGGCAGUACUGUCCCGACAACGCCCGUACCCCCAGUACUUCCAGCAGCCCGUACCCGCCAGUACUCCGCAGCCCCGUACCCCCAAGUACUCCCAGCAGCCCGUACCCCCAGUACUCCAGUCAGUCCCCACGUACCCCGCAUGUAACUCCCACAGCUCCAUACCGAACCUCCGGCAACUCGCCCAGCAGCCCCCACGUAAACUCCCCGCAGCGCCCCAACGUUAUCCCGGCCCCAAGCAAGAAGGUUCGCCCCCGAUGCUCACCAGCCGUCGGUACCAGUCUCCGCAGGUCCCCGCUCUCUCAGCCGCCGUUGGUCACCCUCAUUUCGGCCGUCUCGUUCCCGAGCAGUACACGACCACCCGUACCAGUACUCUCCACAGCCCGUACCCCCAGUACUCCCAGCAGUCCGUACCCCCAGUCUCCAGCAGCCCCGUACCCCAUACUCCCAGCAGUCCGUAACCCCUCGUACUCCCAGCAGCCCCGUACCCCCAGUACUCCAGCCACGCCCCUGUACCCCCAGUACCUCCAGCAGCCCCCGUACCCCCGCGCCCCCAGGUUACCCCCAGCAGCCACAGCUCGAAUGGAAUUGUGGGAGUUUGUGCGUGUAAGUGGCCAGCCAGACGCCUCCUUGGAGAAUUGCUUAGAUUAUUACAAGUACAAGCAAGAAUAUGUCCUCUGA